ACCAUGGAGAUAAUCUUGUCCGUCAACGCGGGCUCAUCCAGCGUCAAAAUCUCCGUCUUCAAAGCCCCAGAGGACAAAACCACAACAACCCCAACCCAACUCGCCGAAGCAGUAAUCUCAGGCCUCACCGCCCCACCCGCCUCCCUCAAAUACACACGAGGCACCCACCGCACAAACUCCCAGGACCUCCCCUCCAUCACCUCGCAAGAAGCCGCCUUCCACCACAUCCUCACGCACCUCACCACCGACGCCGCCCUCCCCGAGCUCGCCAGAACCAAAGACAUCCGCUACGUCUGCCACCGCGUCGUCCACGGCGGCAACUACCCCCGCAGCCAGGUCAUCGACAGCUCCACCCUCCACCACAUCGAGGCCCUGAGCGAUCUCGCUCCUCUGCAUAACGCCCCCGCGCUGGGGAUUGUCAAGGCUGCCGCGGAAAUGCUGCCGCAGGCCACAAAUGUCGCGUUUUUUGAUACUUCGUUUCAUAGCUCUAUCCCGGAGCAUAUCUCUACGUAUCCGAUUGACCAACGCGUCGCGAAGAAGAACGGGUUAAGGAAAUACGGGUUCCACGGCAUCAGUUAUGAAUUCAUCACGCGCGCGGUAUCAACUUACCUCUCCAUCCCCCGCACCUCCCUAAACAUAAUCGCCCUCCACCUCGGCUCAGGCGCCUCAGCAACAUGCAUAAAAUCCGGCCGUAGCCACGAUACGUCCAUGGGGCUAACGCCGCUCUCGGGGCUCCCCGGCGCAACGCGCAGCGGCGACAUCGACGCCUCUCUCCCCUUCCACUUCACGCACGACGCUCUACGGCCCUCGCGCUCUGCCUCCUCAUCCCUCCAUCUCUCCCGCGCUGAACACAUUUUAAACUCAGACAGCGGGUGGCGCUCCCUCACGGGGACCACGGAUUUCGGCGUCAUCAGCGCGCGGGGCCGCGAGGAAGACGAAUUAGCGUUUCGUUUAUUCGUUGAUAGGAUUGUGGGGUUUGUUGGGAGUUAUUAUGUUAAGUUGGGGGGGAAGGUUGAUGCGUUGGUUUUUGCGGGGGGGAUUGGGGAGCGCGGGGAGAGGGUGAGGAGGGACGUUGUUGGUAUGGUGGGGUGUUUGGGGUUUGGGAUUGAUGAGGGGAGGAAUAUGGGGGUUGGGGGGGUUGAUGGGGUUGUUGUUGAUGUUGGGGGGGAUGCGGGGAUGGGGAGGGUUUUGGUGGUUAGGACUGAUGAGCAGGCUGAGAUGGCUAGGGGGGUUGUUGAGGGGAUUGGGCGAGUGAAUGAGGGAGGGAGGAAGUAAGUAAGUAAGUAAGUAAGUAAUAAGCAUAGGUUCAUCAAAUCUAUUCUCUGACCCUUCUUCUUCAUUCUAUCCCUUCCCCUCUAAACUCCUACUCAAAAUCAAAAAAACACUAUAAAUCAACAAACCUACAAAUAAAAAACACACUUAUCUUCUUCUACUCCUAUCUAAGCUUUCUAAGAACCCUUCCCCCCCCCCCCCCCUCUCUCUUUUCCCUCCCUCUAAAGCC